UGCUGGGGCAUGGGAGAUAGGUGCGUGUUGAUUUGGAGGGGUCGCGCUGAAGGAGCCUUUCCUUAGUCCCUGCAUCUUAUUUGAUGUCAGGUCACCAGAACCUCCAGUGACAGUAUGUGAUGUAGCUGAUGUAGGGCUGUUUUCGGAAACGUGUUUGACGUGAAGAACUGGCGGUAUUGAAUACAGAAGCAGUAGGCAUCAAGAUGAAGACACUCACCACCACGGCGCAAUGACAUAGCUCAGGGUGAGGGGACGGGCCAAGACGUCAUGACCACUCCGGAGUUCCUGCCACUCUGCGAUGUCCUCUUCAACAUCAUCAGCCUGGCGUCCUACUUCUGCGACGUCGUGUUCGACGUGGUCACCGUGUACACUCUGCUGACGCACGACGAGCUGGUGUGGUUCACGCUGGCUCUGAUCGCCGUCAUCGUCUCUCUGGUCACGUGUCAGGUGUGCAGCAUGAAGUGGUACCUGCGCAGUGUGCGUGUGGGCGAGGCGUCGCCCAGCUGCCCGCUGCCGGCCGUCGUCGCCGUGCACGCGCUGCAGUGCGGAGCCCUCUGGCGCUACUUCAAGCUCUUCAUUCCCGUGGACCUGCGCUUCGUCAAGCAGGAGGUGCGCGACCUGUGCGUGCUGCGCAUGAUGCACGGCUUCUGCCAGGCGGCGCCGAUGCUGCUCAUCCAGCUGUACCUCAUCUGGCGGCUGCUGCCGCUGCAGCAGGUGACGGACCUGAACGUGGUGUCGACGGUGCUGUCGCUCUUCAGCGUCUGCUGGGCGCUGGCGUCGUAUAACAAGAACGUGCGCCAGCACAACAUGCACAAGCUGGUGCUCACGUGGCUGGGCGUGAUCUUCCAGCUGCUCUGGCGGCUCGGCACCGUGACGUCACGCGUGCUCGCGCUGACGGUGUAUGCCACGCUCUUCCACUACUGGGUCUUCCUGGUGAUCGGCCUGCACUGGCUCACCAUGUUCCUCUGGCUGAUCAGUCCGAAGAACGUGUUCCACGGCGAGAGCAUCACCAAGGCGAAGAAGAUCGUGUUUGCAGCUGCGAUCGCGUACGUCUACACGUUCUGCUACAUCAACUUCCAGGAGACCAAGUCGCGGCAAAAGAUGGUGAUAUUUUAUAGUGUGAUGCUGCUGGAGAACACUCUACUGGUGUCCGUGUGGAUGGCGGCCCUGCCGGAACAGAUCGUGUGGUACCACUACAUCAUCCUCGUCACCGUGUUCGCCGCCUUCAUCGUCGGCAUCCUCUUCAUGAUGCUCUACUACCAGUAUUUCCACAUCAACAAGCUCAACUACGCGCGCUCGGUGGUGGACAAGGCGUGCGCGCAGUGCCAGGGCGGCACCUGCUCCGAGCACAAGCCAAAGGAGAACCUGUACGCCAACCUGACGACGGAGCUGGGCGGCCGGCGCAGCGUGCCGCCGCCGGCCGCGCAGCCGCCGCCCGACUACGCGCGCCUCAACGGCCAGCACAACCACGUGAUCGGCGUGUUCAACUGCCGCUUCAACCCGCACAUGAUGAAGCGCAAGAAGAAGAAGCCGACGACGUUCGUGCCGCCGCCGCCGGUAACGGUGCUGCCCUCGGUGGCGUUCUGGCGGCGGCCGCUGCCGCGGCCCGGCGCCGGCUCCGACCACGAGGGCAGCACGGUCAGCUCGCGCGUCAACAUCCAGCAGAAGCUGCAGGAGAAGAAGCAGCAGCAGCUGGCGGAGCUGCGCGUCAUCGAGGAGGAGAUCAAGCAGGGCAAGCUGGCGCGUCCGCGGCCAGCCGAGCUGUACGAGAACCGGGCGCUGCGUCAGCCGAUCCCGCCGCAGAAGCGGCCGCCCUGGAUCGAGCCGGUCGGCGGGCCGGCGGCGCGCAGCCGCACGCCCGAGGUGCUGCUCGCGCCGCACUUCCUCCACUCGCGCGUCUACGACGAGCCCGACGGCUGGCCGGCCGGCCGCCGCGCGCCCGACGACGACGACGACGACGAGGACGACGACGAGGUGACGGCUGACCCGGCCGGCGGCGGCGGCGGCGGCGGCGGGCGGCGGCGCGGCCGGCGCGGCCGCCUGCCCGACCGCGCGGCGGUGUACAAGAGCUGCCGCGUGCCGUCCGAUGUCGACAGCCAGAUCAGCCUGCCGCGCUCGUACACGCUGCCGCGGGAGUUCAGGUACUACCGGCAGACGCGGCGCGGCAAGCCGGUCAAGCCUGGCCAGUACGUGUCGUCCAACUCCAGCGACGGUGACGUCGACUCGGAGAACGAGGCCGACAACGAGACGAUGCUGCGGAACAGUAUGCUGCUGCACCAGCAGGCCAUCCGGCCGCGGCCGUAUCUGCCGCGCCGGCACGGCUACACACAGCACGAGACGCAGCUCUGAGCGGACGCACCCGGCCAGCGGCGGACUGGUGACGGCGCCCGCUGCUGCCGGACUGGUGACGGCGCCCGCCGCUGCCGGA